UCCCAGUCUAGGGUGCGCGUGAGCACGAGCCCAAAUCGGUGCCCAAACCCUAGCCGCACGGCCAGAUCGUCGGCGUCUCCCGUAGCCCCACCCCACCCCACCCGCCGUCUUCCCCUCUCGACGCGGCCUCGCUUCUCACGUGCCGGUUCGGUAACCCUAACGCGGCGCCGGCGGCCGGCGUGCGGGGCAGCAGGCUUCGGCGCCGGGUGGGCCGUUGGGGCAAGCUGCAGUUGCGAGGUGCGUGUCGGCGUCAAGUUCAAGCGAGCAGUGGGGCAGUGUCAGGCGGAGCGGCAGCAUCAGUGAAGCUCAAGUUCAAGCUAAAGAUCAUCUCAGGGAUCUUUGGAUUGGCUAUAUCAUCUUAAGCCAUGGGGAGCAGACAAAUUGUCGCUGUUCUUCAACUAGGUGGAGUAUUCACAACUGAUGAUGAUGGGCAUAUGACCUAUUCUGGCGGAGAGGCACAUGCGAUGCUUGUGAAAAGUGGUUGGACUUUUAAAGCGUUUAAACAUGAGAUAUCUUCAACACUCAAUAACCUCAAGCUUGAUUCCUAUGCAUUCAAAUACUUCCUUCCGAAAAAUAAUAAGACUUUGAUUUCAAUUUCCAAUGACAAAGACCUUAAGCGCAUGGUUGAAUUCCAUGCGGACUCGGAGACAACAGACAUCUACGUCAUUAAGAAGGUUGACAACAGGGUAAAGAGCUCUGUAGCAGACUCCAGUGCUCCUGCAGAUUCUGCUAUAGUAGGGACUACUCCAGAUGGAUCUAAGCGGCAAAAGAUAUGUGCAAGUUGGGAGAACACAAUCACUGGAGUUGGCCAAGUAUUUGAGGGUCCAAAGGAAUUUCGUGAUGCGUUGCACAAGUAUGCCAUUGCACAUAGGUUUCAUUACAGAUUUGUCAAGAAUGACUCUUCUCGUGUUACUGUGGAAUGUACCGAUGAAGGAUGUCCCUGGCGCAUACAUGCUUCCAAAUCUUCUGCAAAUCAGGAGUUCAUGAUCAAGAAAGUGGUUGGGAGCCAUACAUGUGAAUCAGAGACUGUCAAAAGUAAUCGUCUAGCUUCUCAAAAAUGGGUUGCUAGUGUUAUCAAGGAAAAAUUACGUGACAGUCCAAACUACAGGCCAAGAGAUAUUGCAAAUGAUCUCCAGCGUGAAUAUGGACUAAGCCUGAACUAUUCUCAAGCUUGGCGAGGCAAAUUAAUAGCUCGAAAAGAACUUUACAGUCCACAUGAAGAGGCAUGUAAUCAGUUACCUUGGUUUCGUGAUAGAAUUUUCGCAACAAACCCUGGGAGUAUGGCAACAGUAGAGGCAUUGGAAGGUUCAAAGUUCCGCUUCUUUGUUGCAUUCCAUGCCUCCCUUCAUGGUUUUGAGAAUGGUUGCAGGCCUCUUCUCUUUCUUGACGUGAUAACUGUGAAACCAAAUAAGCAUUGGAAACUAUUAGGUGCUACUUCUGUUGAUGGUGAAGGUGAUGUGUUCCCCGUUGCAUUAUCUGUAGUGGAUGACGAGAGUCAAGAAAAUUGGCAUUGGUUUCUUGAACAGCUACAGGCAUCGUUGCCUAUGCCUGGAGACAUAACAUUCAUAUCAAAUGGCAGAAGUGGUCUGUGGGAUGAUGUUUCUCUAAUAUUUCCAGAUAGUUAUCAUGGAUACAAUGUCAACUUUUUCAUUGAAGAAUUUAAAACAAAAUUGGAUGACAGCUGGAGUGAAGAAGUAAAAGAUAUAAUGGUCGAGCAUCUUAAGGAUGCCAUAUAUUCGUGCAGAGUUGAUGAAUUCAAUCAUUAUCUCGAUCUCAUCAAAGCUGAGUCUGAUAAGCUUGCUGAAUGGCUUUUGGAGACUAAACCUGAGCGGUGGUCAGAUGCGUUAUUCAAAGGGUCACGUCUUGGCCAAUACACAUGCAAUAUUUCCGAGACAAUUGCGGAGUGGAUCCCCAACAGAUAUGAGCUCCCGGUAGUGCAGCUGCUUGAUACAAUCAGAUGCAACCUGAUGGAGAUGAUCUAUACACGCAGGGAAUCUUCCAAUACAUGGUCAGAAGUAUUAACACCAUCAGCGAAUCAGAAGCUUCAGGAAGAGAUGAACAAAGCUCUUUCACUCAGUGUUGUUUGCUCAACUGAAAAUGAUGGUAACAAUAAUGUGUUUGAAGUAUGUGAUGGUUCGGUCUAUACGGUCAACAUUGAUACAUGGGAGUGCACCUGCAGAAAGUGGCAUGUGUCUGGGAUUCCUUGCUGUCAUGCCAUCGCUGUGUUUGAGCAAACUGAUCAGAAUCCAGUGGAGUACUGUUCCAAGUAUUUCAGAAGAGAUUACUACCGCAUGACUUACGCCAUGUCAAUCAACCCGAUACCUGAUGUCAUUGUACCUCCUGCAUCAACUGACGUAACGCAGAGCAUGGGAUUGCAACCAUGCCCCAUACUAGCUCGCCGCCAAGUGGGCCGACCAAAGGAAAAGCCAGCUGAUCCUCGUAUUGCAAUUAAAAGGGCGGUGCGCUGCAGCAGGUGCAAGGGCUAUGGGCACAACAAAGCAACUUGCAAAGUCCCUCUCACAACAUAAGUUGUACUUGCUGUUAUCAGUUCCCAGAAUGUACAUUAUGUUGAUAGUUGCUUUCCUUCUCCUUAAUGAACUCUAGUGGUACCUUUAUGUGAAAAUUUUCAUCGUUCAUCUGACAAUGUGCAGAACAUUACCUUGUCUGUGUGGAUCAUAGCCUGAAAUGUGUUGUACUGCUGCUGUGCGUUAUCAUUGAAUAUUUAGAAACAUUUCCUAGUA